CAUAUAUAUUCUGUAUCACUCCUCUCUCUCUCUUAACAAAAACCUGAAGCUUUCAGAAAUCCGUCCUUUCUCUCUCUACAAAUCUUCAACCGCUUGCCUUUCUCUGCAACUUGUACUCUCUCAAGCUAAAUUCACCAAAGCUUUCCGCAGUACAAUCAUAUAUUUACACAGCAUCUACAUACUUAUAUGUACUUUUUGCAAGUAUAAAUGAUAAUUUGUUAGUGGAGUAUCGGUGUGUACGGUCUCUCUCUCUCUCUCUCUCCCUCCUUCUCUCUCUCCCUCUCUCUCUCUGUCUCUCUCCAGGUUUCUCAGCAAUGGCGCUGUGCUUCAAUCCAAUGUGCAAACAACCAGUGACGGAGCGAUCUGGCAGAGGCUGGCGUUGCGAAACUGGACAGUUCGCGGACCUGUGUCCUCGGUGCGCUUCUGCAUAUGAGGAUGGCAAUUUUUGUGAGGUCUUUCACUUGACUGCUUCUGGUUGGAGGUGUUGUGAAUGUUGCGGAAAGCAAAUACACUGCGGGUGUGUUGUUUCUCGGCAUAUGUUUAUACUACUGGAUGCGGGUGGGAUCAAGUGUAUGGCUUGUGUGAAAAAAAGUUCUGUUCUGACCCCCAAUCCUGCAUGGCCUCCACCUCUUUACUAUCAUGGAAGCAGCCCUGAUGAAGUGAAGGAUCUUUUAGUAAAAAAUUGGAGUUCAAUAGUUGGAUCAGGACCUGUACCUUGGCGAGAAGCACCUAGUUGGUUCAAUAAAAAUACUUCAAAGGUGGAACUGAAUUUAAAGAUUCCCUCUCAAGUUGAGGUACUGGGUGGCAUUGAUAGAUUAUAUGCCCACAAAGGAGCGCCAAACUGUUCCCUGGAUAAAAAUAAAAAAUGGGAGUCCUCGGGAAGAAUAACAAAUGGGAGUCCGAGUGGUGGUGCACUUGAGAAUGUGGGGAAUGAUGUUUCUGGAUCCAAGUAUGAAGAGCAACCUACUACUAAUCCAAAUGUUACCCCGCAGUCAAACAUUUCGAUUCUUGAGCCUUCAACUCAGACUUCUCAUUUUUGUCCGGGUCUUAAUCCAGAAUUUAUACGAGAAAUAACAGAGAAAGACAAGGUAUCAGGGAUUAAUGCAUGUGUGAUCCCUCCACCUGCGAUAAAUAAUUUUUUCCCUAGCUCUAGUGGAGUUGAAUCAAACAGUAGAGCUCAAACACACAAUGGAAAUCCCCGAGGAGGUGGUGAAGCUCAGAGCCAGUUACCUCUGAGUAACGGGCCUAGAAUAACUAACCAGGAGCUUCAGGCAAUAUCUGGACAUCCCAGGACUGCAGUUACUUUUUUGUUUGAGAAGACAUUAAGUGCUAGUGAUGCUGGACGGAUGAGCCGUUUAGUUCUUCCAAAAAAAUGUGCAGAGGCCUACCUUCCAGAAAUUUCUAAUCCGGAAGGAAUACCUCUUAUGAUGAAAGAUAUGAAAGGGAACGAAUGGAUGUUUCACUUCCGAUUUUGGCCCAACAAUAAUAGCAGAAUGUAUCUUUUAGAGGGAGUGACUCCUUGCAUACAGUCUAUGCAAUUGGUUGCAGGGGACACAGUUACAUUUUGCAGGUUAGAACCAGAAGGAACGCUGGUCAUGGGAGGCAGAAAGUCUUCGACUCCUCCAGGAAACCAGAGCAAAGAAUCCAUUAAUACUGGCAACGAACUCUCAACACACAGAGAGGUUACUACAAGAGCUAGUAGACCUGGUGAAAGUUUUUCUGCUCCUAUUCAUGUUGAAGAUAAUAUGAUAUCAUCAAGCCUUCUGACAACUAGCCAGGCCAACUCAGCUGACCCAAAAAAUAAAUGGACCGAGGCUGACAACUUUAAAACUGCAAAGAAUGAUGUACCUGGAGGUGAAAUAUUCCUUAGUAAGAAGAAGAACAGCACUUUUGGAUCAAAUAGUAAACGCCUGCGCAUGGGAAACAAUCAAAUUAUAGAGCUUGAGAUCACAUUGAAAGAAGUUCAAGGGUUGUUGCGUCCCCCUUCUGACUAUGCUCCCCAGAUUGUGAUAAUUGAUGGCAAUGAAAUUGCAGAAUUCGAGGAGCCACCAGUUAUUGGAAGGCCAACCAUUUUAGCGACAGACUGUGUGGGUAGAAAGUUCCAGUGGGCUCAGUGCGAAGAUUGCUGUAAAUGGCGUAGAAUUCCUAGUGAUAUCCUUCUUCCCUCAAGAUGGACUUGCUAUAAGAACUCCUGGGAUCCAGAAAGAUCUUUGUGUUCUGUGGCUCAGGAGUUGAUACCAGAAGAGCUGGAGGAUCUGCUAAUUACAGCCAAGAAACAAAAAUUCAAGAAACAAGACGAGCCAGAUUCAGUGGAUGCUUUGGAGGGGUUGAAUGAGCUUGCCAACUUAGCUAUCCAUGAAAAGGGUGGUAUCCUCCCUUUAUCCCGGACCACAUCAAAACAUCCACGCCAUAGGCCUGGCUGUACAUGCAUCGUGUGUAUUCAGUCCCCAGGCGGCAAGGGUCCUAAGCACAGGCAAACAUGCACAUGUAAUGCCUGCGUAACAAUUAAACGCCGUUUUCAAACUAUUAUGUCAAAGCACGAGAUGAAGCAAACAGAGGAUAAACGCCAAAAGCUGCAGCAGCCUGAGGACAUCCUGCGCUGUAGUGACAACGGAAACUGUAGUUCGAGCCAUGAUGCAGUGACCAAUGAUGGUUCUGGACAUGACUCAUAUAAGAUGAAAUAUUUUGAGUCCCCAUUUAAAAGGCAAAUUGAUCUGAAUGUACAACCAGAAGGAGAGGAAGAUUUGUCACCUUUUUCAAAUUCUGGUAGCAUGAUGAGGUUGCUCCAAAAUGCUACUGGGAGGUUCCUCUAGUGCAACUGGUAAUUCCCUUGUUGAUAAAGAUCACCCUCCGACUAUUUUAGCAACUAUUAGUUUAAAGAGUAUAUAUGGACCUAGUCGAUCUUGUUACAGUGAAGAUGUCUCACCUGGAAUAAAUUUCCGUACCAAACAUGCUGUAGUAAAUGUGUACAUAAUGACUGAUAGAAGUUGGACUUGAAGGUUACAAGACUAUGAUUUUCUGUUCCCGGUGAUAAGUUGUCGAUCUCAAUGAAGAAAGAAGAAACUGAUAUCAAUGCAACUGGACUUGGUGGCAGAGCCGGAGACAUGUCAUUUUGCUUUUGGAAGCUCACCUUGUAUCAAUCAAAAGGUAGGGAGGCACAGCUCUCAACCUAUGAAGUUGUUAUACUUAGUAUAUUUCCCUUGUUCUCAACAUGCUGCAGUUUAUGGCCUGGGAUUAGUAAUCUAGAAUAAGACCUUUUAAUAAUAUUGAACUUAUAAUCUGCAUCUUUUUCUCCAACUGCACAGGACAAAUAUUAUGUGCACCUUGCUAGGUAGAUGAUAUGUAUA